AUGUCAAGCAUCAAGGAGCCUUUUAGCCUCGACCAAGUCUUCAAUCCAGCAAGUCUUGAGACGGUUGAGGAGAGUCCCGUCGCAUAUGUCACGAAGGCAUGCUAUCGCGCGGACCCAGCUCGGGAAGCCAUCGCCAUCAAGAGCGCAUCCACACAACCGCACUUCUCCAAGAAACCCCAUGACAUCGCGAAGGAACUGAGGAUCUUGCGAAAGCUAUCGCACGUCAAUAUCAUCAAUGUACUUGGGCACGGAUUCGACGAAACUACAAGCUCGCUCCAUUUCUGGAUGCCAUUUAUACCCUACAAGUUGCGAGAUCUGCUGGACGCGCCUUCAUUCAGUCCGCAUCCUCUACCAGGUGCUCACCGCCAAGAACACAACGGACGAUCUUUCGCCGUGCUUGCGAGGUCGCUUGCAUACCAGAUCAUUCAUGCGGUGAAGUAUCUGCACGAGCAGCAUAUCGCUCAUCGUGACAUCAAACCAGGCAACGCUCUCAUUAACGAGGGUGGGGUCGUCAAGAUUAUUGACUUCGGCAUCGCAUUGGCUGAUCCUGCAGUACAUGGGAACAUGGAUGAUCUUUGGCCAGAACCGCCCAAUGAGAUGUGCUUCGACGUAGCAACAGGGUCAUAUCGUGCUCCCGAGCUGCUAUUUGGAGCGUCGUCUUACGACCCCUACGCAACCGACCUGUGGAGCCUCGGCACUGCUUGCGCAGAAUUUUUCACACCGCUGAGACUGCAAAGUCAUUACGAUGAUGAAGAGGACUUCGAGUACGAUUCAGACGAGGAGAGGCAGAAACGUUCGUUCGUCAUCCCAACGUCACUCGAGCUCAGCGACCCAGAUGCAGAGUGGAGGCGAAACCCGCUUUUCGACGUAUCGCGAGGCUCCAUCGGUCUUGCUUGGAGUAUCUUCAAGGCUAGGGGCACUCCGACAGAUACAAUAUGGCCGGACUUCAAUCUCCUUCCAGACGCAAACAAGAUAUCUUUCCAGGUGGCCCAGAAGCAGGACUUGCGGGUUUUGCUUCCCAACCUGCCUGCCUCGACCAAACGAGACGGGCGGACUACGACGGACUGCGUAGACCUCAUCGAGCAGUUCCUGACUUACCAGCCGUCGAGACGGUUGAGCGCAGCUAACGCUCUUCGUCACCCGUGGUUCACCGAAGCCACACCCCUCCUCGUACCCGUAGGCUACGCAGUAGCAUCCCGCGACCGAGACUCUAUUCGUCACACGCACCCAGACACAGCAGAGAAGAUCGUAUAG